AUGUAUGUCAAACACUCGCCAGGAACCACCAGUUGCUACAAGCAUACCUACAUUCAGGUUCCUUUUUUGGUGGUGAAGAAUUCCACUCCUUUCCAUGCUGUACUGUACAGUAAUGCAGUGCGCACUGCUGUAGGACCAACCUUGGUCAAGGAACCCAAUAUUGUGGCAACUACAGAGGGACCGUGGAAAGGCACUGUGUACAAAAAGGGGCUCUUUAUCUGUUUGAGCCAAGGCCAAAGAGAUGUGUUAGACAGUCUUCCCAGAAACCAGCUGUCCUCAGAUACAGCCUGUGACGGUCCUCAAACACAGCCUGACAAAAUGUCCCUUUCUGGUGGCUACAACUCUCCAAGUUCAAACUCGCUGAUAUCAACAUCUAGUUCCAGUAUGGAUUUCACACCUUCUCAACAGUAUGACAGCAGCUGGCAUUUCAGAUUUGAAAUUCCUUGGAAGAAGAUGCCAUCUGCCAUCAUCAGAAAGCUGGAAACAGGGAAGCGACCAACAAAAAGUGAGAGACUUCAAAUAAUUCGACUGAUUGUUAGUGAAACCUUAACGAUAUGCCCAACACCUGGGAAGAAACACAUAAGUGAGAUUGCAAGAAAGAUGGUAAAGGCGUAUCCUGUGGCAUUCAGAGAUGUCACUGAAGGUGAAAUUGUAGGCAGUGGGUAUGAUUCAAUCACAAAACAAAUGAUGAGCAGAGUGGAUAACUUGAGGAGAGGAACCAGUUCACUUUUCUUGAAAAGACAAGCUACUGGCACCAGUGAAGGAGAGGAUACCCCACCCAGGAGAAGAAGACUAGACACCUACGGAUGUAUAAACUGGCAACCAGUGCAGCUACCACCUGAUGAAACACCUGAAUCUCAAAAAGAUGCACAAGAACAGUUAAAGAAAAUGUACAAAGAAAGAUGCCAUGACAUCAAGGGUAUUGAGAAUAUGAUGAGAGCCACCUUCUUCACUCAGAGAAAAGACAUUAUCAGUGGAAUUGAGACGUCUGAUUUGACAAAGGAAUGGCCAUAUUUAUUUGAGACAGUUGGCAUGAGGACACAUUUUAAAGAGCUUACAGGCCUGGACAUUGAUGACGAAGCCAUAGCAAAUAAAUGUGCCAGAGUUGCUUCAUACCUCAAGUGUAGUGACAAGACAGGGAAGAUGGAAACCGUCUUCAGAGAAAUGGAAACAUCAAGCAAAAAUAUUGCAGAUGUCAAUGCUGCUGGGUUCCUUCAACUACUUCUCAAGCAUUUCAAUGAGGAGGAGGAUCAGACGUUCUAUAAAGUGGAUAAAACAACUCUGCCAUCUGAAGUGAACUGUGCUGAACUUCCAAAGUACUUCAUGUUAUCUGUGGACCAAACCAUUGCGAAUAGCCACAUUACUGUCUUCAGUGAUGCUGUUGUGUUGACGUUUGCCUCCUACUACUGCCUGAACAUCUCCUACCCAGCAGCCCAAGGAGCAACAUUGGCGUUCUUGCAGAGGUAA